CUCCAGUGCGGUGCAGAUUAAGCUUGUAGUACUUUCGUUCGUGGUUCGAUUUGUCCUCUUCUGACGGGAUUAGUAGCAGUGUGUGGUGUUUGAAAAAUUGUGCAAAAAUGGCCUUCAAGUUUGUAGUGUUUGCCUCCUGCCUGCUGGCUUUGGCCGCCGCCUACCCGGGAAGCUACGGCGACUACUACGGCGAACAGGAAGUGGAACAGCACGAACCGCAGCAGCACCAGCACCAGUACGGACAGGUUGCGCGGAUUUCGCUCGGCGACGGAGGUCACGGACACCACGAGUAUGCCCACCACGAGGAUGAGCACGUCGAUUACUAUGCCCCACCAAAGUACGCCUUCAAGUACGGCGUGAACGACUUCCACACCGGUGACGUCAAGAGCCAGCACGAAACCCGCGACGGCGAUGUCGUCAAGGGCCAGUACUCCCUGGUUGAACCGGACGGUUCGGUGCGUACCGUUGACUACACCGCCGACAAGCACAGCGGAUUCAAUGCCGUCGUGCACAAGACUGCUCCGGUUGCCCAUCACCACGGUGGCGAGCACUACUAA